AUGAUUACCAUCUCCGUCCGAAAGCAUCUAAAUGUGAAGUUGAGACCUAUUUUCGCAAUUCUUCACAGGCUGGAAUGUGUUUCGAAUCAAAGCUUUGUUCCUAAACAAGGGGGAGAAUGUGGGUCUGGUGUGUCAAGAAAAGAAGACCCUAAAAAUCCAAAUGGUGGGUUUGGUCUGUUAAGAAAAGAAGACCCUAAUGCUCUAACUAAACCUAUUAUCAAGCAAGAACUUAAGGGCAAGGAAAAACUAUUCAGUGAAGAGCCUGUCAUUGACAACAGAGAAGAUGAAGAAGAGUUGGAUGACGACUAA